AACUCGCAAGGCACGUUGGAUCCCAUUCUCCCGAAAAAUUUCCCUCUAUAUUCUCCCCCAAUUUUUCUUUCUUUCCAAAUAAUCUCCUUUUAAAACCCUAAAUCCUCAAUUUCACCCAUGUCGAUACCUCCCUCUUCCGCUACACCUCCUGCUUCCUCAUCCUCUUCUCAAUUCACCUACCAAACGACGGCAAAUCAAUCGUAUUUUCCUUUGCCCUUUCAUCUCCAGCAACAGCCCCAGCAUUAUGCCUCCGCGCCCCCCUCCGUUUCCGUCGCCCCGGCUCCUGUCUACCCUGCCUCUGUUGCUCCCGUACCCGGCGUCUAUUCUCUCCCUCAAUACCAACAGGCCCAACAGUUAUUUCAAAGGGAUGCUCAAAUAGUUACCCCAGAAGCACUAGAGAGCGUAAAGGCUGCUCUUGCAAGCAGUGAGAUUGAGCACAAAGCAGAAACUAAGAAGAAAGCGAUCCCACGGAAAGCUGCUGGUCAGUCAUGGGAGGAUCCAACGCUUGCUGAGUGGCCAGAAAAUGACUUUCGCUUAUUUUGUGGUGAUCUUGGUAAUGAGGUUAAUGAUGAUGUUCUUUCAAAAGCUUUUGCUCGAUUUCCUUCAUUUAACAUGGCUAAAGUUGUUAGAGAUAAACGGACUGGCAAAACAAAGGGCUACGGGUUCGUUAGCUUUGCUAACCCUUCUGACCUUGCAGCUGCACUUAAAGAGAUGAACGGUAAAUAUGUGGGAAAUAGACCAAUCAAGCUUCGAAAGAGUAACUGGAAGGAGAGGAUAGAUCAGGAUGCCCUUGUGAGACAGAAAAACCAUUAUCAGAAAAAGCCAAAGCUACAGAAGAAAGGGAUAUUGCACAAGUGAGCACAGCUCUGGUGAAGCUUUUUCGCCUUCCUUGUCUUGGUGGAGCCUGUUUGACCGACUGAAUCAUUAGUAGUAAAUCAAGUGUGUUUGCUCUACUAAGCAAUUCUUAAAAUUUGGGGGGGGGGGGGGAGGGAGAAUUGUAGGAUGAUGAGCAAACUUUAUUUUAACUCAAUCCAGCAAUCAAAUACAAACGACAAAAAUAACUCGUA